AGUUCGGAAAUCUGUACCUACAAAUUCCCAGCCAUGCAUCGGUUUGCCUUUUUCCUCCCAUUUGUCCAUCUCGUUGCUGUUUCGCCAGCAGUGAUGAGCUCCCCUUUUCCUUCUCCGAUUCUUCUCGACAUUGGAGGGAAGAAAUUUUCAACAACCAUUGACACAUUGACUCAACGUGAGCCUGAUUCAAUGUUGGCGGCAAUGUUUAGUGGCCGUCAUACAGUGUGCCUUGAUUCUCAGAAGGGGUUUAUCUUUGUUGAUAGGGAUGGGAAACAUUUUCGGCAUAUCCUUAACUGGUUGAGGGAUGGUGUUGUUCCCACACUUGCUGACUCAGAAUAUUCAGAGCUGCUGCGGGAAGCAGAGUACUAUCAACUACUCGGAUUGGUUGAGCAAAUAAAUACAGUUAUUAUAAAUAGGAGAAAGGAUGAUGAAGAACCGAAGGCUGAACUGACACGCAUCGACAUCAUCAAAUGCAUACAAUCUGAGAGAGUUAGGUUUCGAGGCGUGAAUCUUUCUGACCUUGAUAUGUCUAAACUGGAUUUGUCACUUGUUGACUUCAGUCAUGCAUGUCUUCGAAAUGCCUCUUUCUCAAGUGCAAAUCUCCAGAGUGCUAAAUUCCGGGUUGUGGAGGCUGGUGGUUCGAAUUUUUACAAUGCGGUUUUGCGUGAGUGUGAGUUUACUGGGGCAAAUCUUCGUGGAGCUGUACUUGCUGGAGCUAAUCUUCAGAGUGCAAAUCUACAAGAUGCAUGUUUGAUAGAGUGUAGCUUUUCUGGUGCAGACCUUCGCUCAGCACACCUACAGACUGCUGAUCUUACCGAUGCCAACUUAGAAGGAGCUAAUCUAGAAGGAGCCAAUUUAAAGGGUGCCAAGCUGACCCGGGCAAAUUUGCAAAAAGCAAACCUUCAGCGAGCAUAUUUACGGCAUGUUGAUUUACGUGAUACAGGACGACCUUGCAUGGGAGCACACAACCAUCAGCUAUCUAGUGGCUUCAACGUAGGCGCUUGCAUAGUACACCAUGUCAUUCUCAGAGUAUCUUCUAAUUGUGUCAUUUUCGCAUUGAGGAAUGUUUUCUGAUGUUCUCACAGAUCCCUCUAUGUGCUGCAUUGCAUUCGACCUCAAAGAUUUUGUUGAAGUCUGGCUAUAGCAUCUGAUAUUUCUUUGUUCCUGUUCUUUGACAUGGAUGGAUCGUUUUUUUCUUUUUUCCUUUUCUUUUUCUUUUAUUUUCAUGCCAAUAGUUUCAUCUCAUUUUAACUGGCUAAUGUCGUAGGCACAGAAAUCAUGUUAACUUGCUUGAUAUUAUUGGUCCACUUCAUCUUCCAUGUUCUUCAAGCAAGAUACGCUUGGAGGCACGGCCCUUCUGCCACAUCAUUUUGUGAUGUUUCAUCUAGAGGUUUCAGUAGUAGAUGGGAUACCCAACAAAAAUCUUACUGAUUGGUGACCCUCGCCAUACACACCAAGUUGAAUAAAAACAAUAACGCAGAUUUACUCACAUGUCUGGAAGAACUCUUAUCAGCAGGAAUUUUUGCCAUGGAGGUGAAUCCAUGGUGGGUCUUGCUAUAGGAACGCGGCCUUAGACAUUACAUGAUGAUGCAAGGGGGCGAGCCUCAUGGGAGAUCUCCCUAUCAGACCUUUGUCUGUCUAGAUACUCUGCUUCACGCCUUCACAAUCAUGGGACAAAGGGGUGAGCAUCAUGGGAAAUCUCCCUAGCAGCCCUGUCUGUCUAGGUACUCUGCUUCAUGUCUUCACAAUCACAGCUAUGCACAACCCUUUUUUAUUUGUGGCCCUUUUCUAUCCAAAUUAUGUAAACUGAAAGACA